AUGCUUCUCCUUAACCUAAUCCUGACUCUAGCCCUCUACGGCCCACUGAUGACAUAUGUGGAGGCUCGACCAUCUCCCUCUAACUCUAGUAGAGCGGGCCCCGUGGCGCCCAAAGUCAUGAUAAUCUCUAUGUGGUCACCCGAGGGUCAGAUCUGGCAAGACCAGCUUCCCAGCUCCGGUCUGGGGAAUCUGACAUCGCACUCUUUACACUCCGCUGGCUUCUCGAUGCUCUUUCCACAGGCCUUCUGCACUGAGGACACCGGAAUCUGUCAGCUCACCUUGGGAGAAGGCGAGAUAAACUCGGCGGCAAGCCUCAUGGCGCUUGUCUUGUCUCCCAUGUUCGACCUCCACGAAACAUACUUCCUUCUUGCCGGAAUAGCAGGUGUCAAUCCCCGACAUGGUACAUUAGGGACUGUCGCCCUGGCCAGGUAUGCUGUCCAAGUGGCGCUACAAUAUGAAAUCGACCCAAGAUCGCUCCCAGCUGAGUGGUUAACUGGGUAUAUUGCCUACGGACGCACUCAACCCCUCGAGUACCCCUUCAUCACCUAUGGCACCGAAGUAUUUGAGCUGAAUGCCGAAUUACAAGAUACCGCGUACAAAUUAGCGUCUGCAGCGACCUUGAAGGACGCAGAAGGUCCACGGUCGUAUAGGAACUUGUACAAAUCUUUGGGGGAGUCAUACAAGAUGGCAUCCCAACCACCCAGCGUAAUAAAAUGCGACACCGCCACGAGCGACGUGUACUACUCCGGAAAAAGACUUUCGGAGGCUUUUGAGAAUACAACGUCUGUAUGGACCAAUGGGACUGGUUCCUACUGCAUGAGUGCUCAGGAGGACAAUGCGACACUGGAAGUCUUGAUAAGAGCUGCGAUUGAGAAGCUUGUGGACUUUGGGAGGGUUAUCGUCCUUCGAACUGGCUCCAACUUUGACCGCCCUCCCCCCGGCCGUUCCGACUUAGAGCACCUCACCAACGCUCAACAGAACGGCUUCUCCAUUGCCAUCGACAAUCUUUUUAUUGCAGGCUCUCUAAUCGUCAAGGGCAUCGUGGAGAACUGGGACUGUACCUUCCAAGAUGGUAUCGCCACUGAGAACUACGUUGGCGAUAUCUUCGGCAGUCUGGGUGGGAAACCUGACUUUGGAUUUGGAAGCAUUACAAAUGAGGAGCGCGUGGCCCCUGGUGGCAUCAACAGAGAUCUCGCGACCCGGGAGAUGGAUAGGCGGAAGCAAUUCAGUGGUAACCCCCCGAGGAAGAUAUAA